CGGACUCUAUUUUAUACUCAUCACCACUGUCUUCACUCAUUGUCGGUUAUCGUCUUUACUACGUUGUAUCUUUAAGAUGGCCAGCAGUAAGGAGUUCACCAGGGACCUGUUCACCAGGGACCUGUGCACUCCAGCUUUCGUGGUGGACUUGGAUAUUGUGAGCAGAAACUCCAACACAAUGCUGGACCGGUUCCUGCAGCUCGGAGUGCAGCUCAGACCGCACAUGAAAACACACAAGACCCUUGAAUGUGCGGACAUCAUGACCAGGGGCUCACGAAGGUGCAUUGUGGUUUCCACCCUGGCCGAGGCAUUCUUCUAUGCGGACGGUGGUUAUGAUGAUAUCCUCUAUGCAUAUCCUGUAACCUCUGACAAAGUAAAGCGCUGUGCAGAGUUAUCAGAGAGGCUUUCUUUAUUCCAUGUACUGGUGGACAACAGCUUGUCCCUGCAAGAGCUGAAGGCAAGUCCACUGAAGCAGGGCAAAGUCUGGCAUGUAUGGAUGAAACUGGACUGUGACAAUGGCAGAGCGGGUGUUCCUCACUCCGAUCCCGCUGCUCUGGAGUUAGCCAAGGAAAUUUCAGAGACCAACGGGAUGGAGCUUAUAGGAAUCUACGCCCACUGUGGAAACACCUACGGCUGUAAGGGGGAGGUGCAAAUUAAGGCUGUUGCCCAAGAAACAACGACUAUCGUGUUGCAGUUUGUGGAGAAGCUAAAAGCCGCAGGAAUCCAGGAUGUGAAAUCUAGUAUUGGCUCCACCCCUUCAUGUAGCCAUCCAGUCUCAGACAUGGCUAUGUUAAGUGAGGUUCAUCCUGGAAAUUAUGUGUUUUAUGAUGUGCAGCAAUCGCUCAUCGGCUCCUGUAGGUUUGAGGACAUUGCAGUGCGGGUGCUGACGAGGGUCAUAGGUCACUAUCCACAUAGGAACCAGCUCCUGGUGGACUGCGGCUGGGCCGCCUUGAGUCAGGAUGGAGGAGGUCGCUUGCCAACAGGCUACGCAAUCAUCGAGAGCCACCCAGAGCUUAAAUUGGUGUCAAUGACUCAGGAACAUGGCAGAGUGGAGCCUGUGUCUGGAAAACUGGACUUCAGUAGGUUCCCUCUAGGCUCCAUGCUGUCCCUCAUGCCUUACCAUGCUUGUGCUACAGCUAUGAUGCAUCCAGUCUACACCGUGCAUUCCAAAGGAAAGGUUGUAGGUACUUGGACACCCACACGUGGAUGGUAGCCUCAAAAAGAAAAGAAGAAACCCAACACAGCAAGACUUCUAUUAGGAGAACUUAUUACUCAUAUAACAUGCUGUUAAAAUGGGGAGGAAUUGUUUAAUAAAUGUGUUCUGAACUUUAUUAAUAAUUGAGGUUCUAACAAUGAAACUAAUCACGUUCAUUAAUAAAAUCUACUGUCCUUAUCACCUAUGAGAUGGUAUAAGGCACAUCAGAUUGUUAGUAUUUCUUUGCGUUUGAGUUCAGUUUACCUUUUGUGAGAUUUUUUUCUACAGGUUAUUAUAAUUGAUUGUAUUGCCAAACGUGUGUGGACACCUGACCAUCACAUACUGUACACAUGCAGUUUUUUCCACAGUUCCACAGCAACAAAUUGUACAGAAGGUUUUUAUACGCAGUAGCUUUACAGUUUCCCUUCACUGGAACUAAGAGACACAAACUCUGUUCCAUCAUGACAAUGUCCCUGUGCACAAACUCCACACACACAAGGCGGGAAUCGAACCCCCAACCCUGGAGGUGUGAGGCGAAUGUGCUAACCACUAAGCCACCGUGCCCCCCGCUUUAUUCACAUUUAGGGUUUUUAAAAGAGAUGUUUAAUCGUUUAUUAUGAAGUCCACAGACUUCAUGUUGCAUUGCACAAAAUAAGGAACUCAUCAUGAGUAAGAUUGAGAAGAAGAAUCUACUCUGAUUAUAGACAUUUAAAGAAAAACUGUAUAAAAACUAAAUUGCAAUGAAAAUAUUCAUAGAAAUGUAUCUGGAGUAAGAUUAUAAGAACAAACUACUUUGAUUAAACACUUAUGGAACAAAAUGUGGAAAAAUGUGCACUUUAUUACUUAAUGUGAUAAUGUGAUUGCUCAGAUGUCCUGGGGAUCCUCCCUGUAACAUGUGAACAUGAUGGUGAGAUAAGUCUGAUCUUUCUUGCCCUGUAGUCCACCUUAAAUACUCAGUAUGUUCUUUGCUGCUCUAUUUUUCAGUUUGUCUUAAUAAAUAAAUAAAUAAAUCAUAUAAAUAAAAAUAAAUAAAUCUUU